AGUAAUACCCCUUUUCCAGCUAAAACCACCCCCGUGUUCUUCUUUAGGUCUCUCUCCCUCUCUCGCCGCGCGUUGCCGCUGUCUGUCGCUUCUCACCCUUCCCGUCUGAUUCUUCGGUCCUCUUUUGCUUCCCUUUCGUCUGCACAACCGGCCGCAACUACACCAGAAAAAGCAAGAGUAAAGGAACAGAAAAAGGAAAGGGAGAAUGGCUGGCUUCACCUUCACCUCCUCGAAGAAGCGCUGCGCUGUGGCGGUGCUGCUUGUCGUCCUUGUCAUCACCGCCGUCUCUGCAGCUGCGCAGGAGGACCCCACGCACCCCCCGGUGGUUACGUGCCCGGCCACCUUCAAGCACUGCAACGAGUGCGUGCAGGUCAACGGCGCCCCUCGCUGCUCCAAGUGCGCGGAUGGCUUCUCCACCGUGUCCACCAGUGGUACCUGUGCCCCUUACAAAGGAGCCUGCUCGGCGCCGAACUGCCAACAGUGCACCAGCGAUAAUGCGGGCAAGUGUACGCAGUGCGCCGCCGGCUGGCUGCUGAACUACAGGACCCUCCAAUGCGUCUCCGACUCACCCUCCGCGACAUGCCAAGUGCCAUACUGUGCGAUGUGCAGCAACGGCAUGCCAUACGUCUGCGUGGUCUGCUCGCAGGGCUACUCCCUCAUGAACAGCGGCGAGUGCAAGCUCACCGGCUCGUGCAGCGUGGAUCGCUGCCUGCAGUGCUUUAACGACGACUACCAACAGUGCCAGGAGUGCGAGAAGGGCUAUCGGGUGACGGUCAAGGGCAACUGCCGGCGUGGACGCAACGCCGCCGUCUCUCCCCGCUCCUCGGCCGUGGUGCUCGUCCUCGUCGCUGCCGUGACCUACGCGGCAACGAUGAUGUAA